AUGGUACCCGGCAUGGAGAAGGAUGCUCCGCUCAUCACUAAGGUGACAGGGAUACCAGAAGAGUGCUUGAACGAUUCUGGUAAUGUAUUCCGCCAGAGCGUCACCAGGCGUAUGAGCUGGGCGGCAGGAAGAACCACCACACGGAGAGAGGACGAAGCUUACUGCUUACUAGGUUUAUUCAACGUGAAGAUGCCGCUUCUCUAUGGCGAGCGAGCCGACGCAUUCUUACGUCUGCAAGAGGAGACCAUGAAAAGGUCAAACGACGAGUCAAUAUUCGCUUGGACAAGCCCUGCUGGACCGGGUCAGCCAACGACUGCGUUCCUUGCACGACGACCUGCAGCAUUCGAGCACGGUGGCAAUGUGAUCCGCGCUGCGCUGGGUGAUAGGAACCAUUACCUCCUUGGAGCCAAGGGCCUGGAACUCCAGGCGAAGACAGUCGUGUUCGAAGAUAUGUCAGCUUCCGGAUGGGAUGGCCUAGAACGCAUCUUUCUACUACAGCUGAACUGCUACACCUUGCUGGAGGAUCAUCGUCCGCAAGCUUGUCUGAUUGCUAUGGCUCAGUAUAAGGACGACUUGAUGGCCAGAGUACCAACCUGGGAUAUCGGCCAGGAACUCUGGCAACGUUUGAUAGGCUCCUCCAAUCGACCAGUCCGGCGGAACCCAGAACAAAUGUUCCUGCUAGCUAUGACUUCUACCGAUUUUGACGAAGAGGAGCUUUUGUCAGGCCACACUGCACAACGUGGCACACAGACACUCGAUGACCUCUAUGGUCUCUUGCCUCAAGAUCGCAGAGACAACCUAGCAGAAGACAGAAGCCAGCCUACGCCACCCACAAUCGACUUGACUCGUGAGGCAAUGUAG